AUGGAAAGGGUUCACCCUUAUGCUGUGUAUUCUAUGGGCUUAAACAAAUAUAUAUAUAUAUAUAUAUAUAUAUAUAUAUAUAUAUAUACUCCAGUGUCUGUGCAGAUGGGUACAAAGGCUCUGCUGUGCUGCCCUGCUAUUCCACUGACAAAAGCAGUAUUAAUAACGUGGGAAAUAAUCCUAAGAGACCAACCUUCCUGCAGAAUAUCCUACAGAGUAGAAACCAAGGAGACCAGUGAAACCAACUGUACAAACAGGAGAAUCACCUGGGCCUCCACACCUGACCAGAGUCCUGACCUUCAGAUCAGUGCAGUGGCCCUCGAUCAUGAUGGGCAUUACUCAUGUGUUAUAGCAACACCUAUUGGGAAUUUCCAAGGGAGACAUAACCUCCAAGUUCUAGUCCCCCCUGUAGUAGCCCUGUCUCCAGGGAAAAAUAGAACUGCAGUUUGUGAGGCAACUGCAGGCAAGCCGGCUGCUCAGAUCUCCUGGACUCCAGAUGGGGACUGUAAAACAAAGAAUGAAUCACACAGCAAUGGCACCAUGACUGUCAGGAGCACAUGCCAGUGGGAUCAGAGCAAUGUGUCUGCUGUGUUCUGCUUUGUCUCCCAUUUGACCGGUAACCACAAUCUGUCCAUAGAACUGAAUCAAGGUGUCACCAGCUCUCUGCAUUCCUUGAUGACCAUUCUCUAUGUGAAACUUUCCCUUUGGGGGAUUAUUAUGCUCAUCGUAGGAUUUGUUUUCUUCGAGAAGAGAAAUUACUUCAGAGAAUGA